GGCAUUGAAUCUGUUUUAAAAAGGGAAGGCGUGUAGGAAAGAAAAGCGAACGCAGUCAAGAGCUUUGGCUUGUGGGGAACGUGGUUAGGAAGUGUUUGCUUGUGGCUGAACCCGGAGUGGGUCCAGUAACCUUUGCCUCCCACUGGGUGGAGUAGGGCCUUUAAGAGCAGCUGGAAUGCAGUUCUCCUGAUCAGCUUAGCCGGUUAUUCCCUGCUUGAACCUCUGCUAGCCCUGGAGAACAGUGUCCGGUUCAGACCAACGGACCUCCCCGCGCUCUGCAGUCACCACAACCCACUUCUUGCCUGAGCGAGACACUUUGCAGCAGGGGAAGUAGGCUCCCAUCAGCGCAGCCAUGGGAGAGGACGCUGUACAAGCCGAAAAGUUCCAGCACCCAAAUGCGGACGCGCGCCAGGAGAAGCCAUCCAGCCCCAGCCCAAUGCCUUCCUCUACACCGAGCCCCAGCCUGAACCUGGGCUCCACAGAUGAGGCCAUCCGGGACAACUCGCAGGUGAACGCUGUGACCGUGCACACACUGCUGGACAAGCUCGUCAACAUGCUGGACACCGUGAGGGAGAACCAGCACAACAUGGAGCAGCGGCAGAUCAACCUGGAGGGCUCCGUGAAGGGCAUCCAGAACGACCUCACCAAGCUCUCCAAGUACCAGGCCUCCACCAGCAACACCGUGAACAAGCUGCUGGAGAAGUCUCGCAAAGUCAGCGCUCACACGCGCGCCGUCCGGGAGCGCCUGGAGAGGCAGUGCGCACAGGUGAAGAGAAUGGAGAACAACCAUGCCCAGCUCCUCCGCCGCAACCACUUCAAAGUGCUCAUCUUCCAGGAAGAAAGUGAGAUCCCUGCCAGUGUGUUUGUGAAGGAGCCCGUUCCCGCUCCCGCGGAAGGCAAGGAGGAGUUUGCUGAGGAGAAUAAGUCCCUGGAGGAGACCCUGCACAACGUGGAACUCUCCUCCGAUGACGAAUUGCCCUGUGACGAGGAAGGCCUGGAAGACAGCGCCGAGGAGAAGCUGGAAGAAAGCAGGACGGAGAGAAUAAAGAGAUCCGGUCUGAAGAAAGUGGAUAGCCUCAAGAAAGCCUUUUCUCGCCAGAACAUCGAGAAAAAGAUGAACAAGCUGGGCACAAAGAUCGUAUCUGUUGAGAGGAGGGAAAAGAUUAAGAAAUCGCUCGCAUCCACCCACCAGAAAGCCUCUUCAGGGAUAAGCUCCUCUUUCAAGGUUUCUCCCCUAUCCUUCGGGAGGAAGAAAGUCCGAGACGGAGAAAGCUCUGCCGAAAACGAGACCAAGUUGGACGACCAGAGCUCCUUCACAGAGGGUGUUUCCGAAGCCUCCCUCCCCAGCGGCAGCGUGGAAGAUGGUGAGAAGCCAGCCUUGAAAGGGAACAGCUCCGGCGUGGGCAGCAAUGCUGACCUGACCAUUGCGGAGGAUGAAGAGGAGUCGGUGGAUCUGCAGCAGGGGCAGCGGGGGUAUGAUGAGAGUGGUUACAUGCUCGACUCCGAAGAGAUGGAAGGAUCCGGUGAGAAACAGGUCCAGCCGGCCGUGCUGCAGGUGGACCAGACUGCCUGAGUGCUCGUACAGCCAGCACACGGAGCCAGCUGCAGAAGCCAGCGCUGGCUCAGGGGCAUCCGCUUCCCCAAAUUCCUGCUCCCGGCUGCGACUGUCCAGGCCAUAAUCACUAGUCAUGCCCUCAGACACACAUGGACUCAACAAGCAAAACGCCAGGGGUUCCACUUUUAAUUUGCUCUUAAGUUCUGUUUCUGUAGAAUUCCUCCAAGUUUGGAAUAAGAAAGGGAUAGAAGCAGGGCAGUGGCGGCGCUCGCCUUUAAUCCCAGCACUCGGGAGGCAGAGGCAGGUGGAUCUCUGUGAGUUCGAGGCCAGCCUGGUCUAAAAGAGCUAGUUCCAGGACAGGCUCCAAAGCUACAGAGAAACCCUGUCUUGAAAAAGGAAGAAAGAAA